AUGGCAGCAUACUUUUCUUCAUCAGACCAUCUUCAUGACCCUGUUCAUGACCCCACGCACGAGACUCUCCACCUCCUCAGUCCAGCCCACACUCACCACGGGGACAGUCCAGUCUUCCUGACGCCCUCUCCAUCAAUGUCUUUUACCACACCCCACAAACCCGCAUCUCCCCACAGCCACCACCAGGUCGAUCAAGCGGUCCAUUCCAUCCUGGACCACCACGUCGAGAACCAACUGCCGCCGUACCCACCCAUCUCCACCCGCCGGCUCGCCUUUGAGCGCCACCGGCCCCUCUGGCUGCGAGAGUGCAUCGCCGAGGCCACCGGCGUCUUCUUCUUCGUCUUCGCCGGCCUUGCUUCCAUCGCAACCUUUACCCUGCACCAUGCAACCGACAAGAACUCCGCGGCCGGCUUCGGCUCCAUCUUCCAGGUCGGCUGGGGCAUGGGCAUGGGCGUGGCACUAGCCAUCAUCACCUGCGCCCCGACUUCAGGUGGUCACUUCAACCCGGCCAUCACCCUCUGUCUUGCCAUCUGGCAGCACUUUUCAUGGCGCAAGGUGCCGCGCUACAUCAUCAGCCAGAUCUUUGGCGCGUUCCUCGCCGCCCUGACCAUUAUGGUCCUGUACUGGGAGCAGAUCCAGGACUUUGCCGCCACGCGUAGGGCUGCAGGCCUGCCGCUGGUCGGCGCGCAUACCCCCGCGUCCAUCUUCUGCUCCUACCCGCAACAGAAUCAAAGCCUAGGCUUUGUGCUGAUCAUCGAGUUCGUCGCCGACGCCUUUAUUGCCCUUGUGGUCUGGGCCGCCCUCGACCCGUCAAACCCAUUUGUCUGUCCCGCCGCUAUUCCCUUCAUCGUUGGCAUAGCCUACGCCGACAUGAUCUGGGGCUUUGGAGGCGUCACGCUCAGCACCAACCUCGCGAGAGAUCUGGGCGCCAGGGUUGUGGCCGGCAUCCUCUUUGGCGGCGAGGCAUUUACAUACCACGGCUAUGCGCCCAUUGGGAUGCUGGUUAACAUCCCUGCGACGUUGUUCGGAACCGCAAUAUACGAGUUUGCUUUCAGAGACAGCCUGAUGGUUGUCGGCAAGGGCCAUGCCAACGCCGAGGGCGGCGACGCAGCACUAUACGAAUACUUUAGGAAAGCCAAGUUGAUUGACGAGGAGCAGGGCAUCAAGGCAUAA